AGCAGUGCUGCCAUACCAGCACCAUCAGCAACACAGAAGACCGCCAUCCCACAGCCAACUCCAGCAGCAGCCCCGGCCUCCAUCACAGCAACACCAAUUGCAGUCCUCUGCCUCACCUCUGCUGCAGCCACGGCCAGCACAGCCAACGUCCUCCACCAUUCUCUGCUGUACCAGCACGCAGCAGCGCCUCCUUGCAGGACUCUGGCCCCUCCUUCCUGCUGAAACUCACCUCUACAACCAGCCACGCACAGCAACCUCCACAGGAAACCAGCAGAUGCAGCAACCAUGCGCGGGAGGACAUCAUUGCUACCCGAGUUUUAUGGGUCGGAAUCUGAGUGCCCUUAUCAGCACCUAGCAGAGUUUGAGUUAACCUGCAACAUGUUUUUCUCUCAUGCUAGAGCUGGCGAAUCUACUAGACUGAAUUUAUUUCUUGCUAUUUUGCAGGAUAGGGAACUGAUUUGGUUUCAUUCCUUGAGACCUCACUCUAUCACUAAUUGGACUGAUAUGGAGCGUGAAUUUCUACAUGCGUUUUGUUCCUCAUAGAAAACUCAAUUUUUGCAGGAAUUGAUUCUUAAUUUUGUGCAGCAGGAUGACGAGACAUUUAGGGCUUGCUGGGAGCGAUUCAAGGAUCUACUAAGCACUUGUCCACAUCAGGAGUUCGACUCAUGGAGGUUAGUUGAUUAUUUUUAUACUGCUCUUACCCCUAAUUGCAAGUGUUUUGUCCAAACUAUGUCUAAUGGAGAGCUCGUCAGCGAGGAUCCAGAUCAGGUAUUAUCAAUCUUUGAUUACUUAGCUGACAAUGUCCCACAGUGGAACACACGAUACACUCAGGCACCCAUGACUGCACACCCUAUCAGCACAAUCGGUGGUGGAGAUGUAUACGAGCCACCAAACUGCCCAAACAACCCUCCGCCUCAAUAUCAGCCACAACAGAUCUCUCCGAGCUGUACGUCGUCAGACCUUUUCGAGGAUAGCAUAGCACAGAUGGCAAACAUGCUCCAACAAUUCAUGCAAACUCAAGUCGAUCAUAAUAAUGAAUUGUGGGAUACCAUUAAUGCGAUAAGCACACAAUUGGAUAUCUUAGAAAACGAAGAAUUGCUCGCAGAACCUCAGCCUAGUCCUCAAGAGUACCAGCAACCACAACAACAAAUACCCGAUGUUUCUCUUGAGAUAAUAGAGGCCACCACUACUUCAAGAAGCGAGAAAGAAUUUCCCCAACCUGAGAUGCUCAUCGUCGAACAACCAAUUGUCCCAGCACUAGAAGUCAUGGCUGAACCAGAAGAGGUCAAAGAAAAAUCAGAGGAAACGGGGCCACAAGCGGAGCAUUUAGUUGAUGAUGAGACUGAUACUCAUACGGAGUACCAACUUGUGGUACCUCCUACUCCGAGCUCAGAAAUCGUGAAAUCGUCACUCCCGCCUGAAUCAGAUGUUAAGGAGCCUAGUGUAGAGGUAGACUCUUGCAAUGGUAUGAUGAUAUGUACACCCGAUAAAAAGGGUGACCAGUCUGGUGAGCAUAUGAUUUUCAAAGAAUCAGGUAAAACCUUUAAUGUUAAUGCUUCUAAAGAACUGCAGGUAAUUAUUCUGAUCACUUUCUCUCAACCGUUAGUUCGUAAAGAAACAAAUUUCCUGGAAACGAUGUUGAAUAAAGACCCUUUCUUGUCAACACAAGAGGGUCGACCUGCACACAAAUUGUUUGGUAUUUUGACACGCAUUAAUUUAUCUGAGGUUGAUUUUUGUGCAGGUAUAAAAACUGAUCCACUGUGGCAGCUGAAAUUUGGAGAACCGCCGAUGCAAUUUAUAGACCUGCGGCCACCAGACGAAAUUCCUCCAGAGCCUCUGCCAAGACAAUUGUGAUGUUUUUCUUUCCCUUAUUUUUCUUUUAUUUUAUCUUAUUUUAUUUUUAUUUAGUUUUCAGGUCUAUUUUCUCAUAGUUCGAUUUUUGUUUUCCGUUAUUUCACCACUCAGGUACGCCUUACUUUUCCCGUGCACAGUUUUUUCUAUUUCCCCUAUGCUUUCACAUUGAGGACAAUGUUCCACUUUAGUUGAGGGGGAUGAGCAUUCGCAUGUGACACUGUGUACGUACACGUACUGGGUUUAAAAAAAAUAAAAAAAAAUCAAAAAAAUCAAAAAGAAAGAG